AUAUAGCUAGAGCUUAAUUCUUCUACACAAGAUCUAUCUGUUUAUACGGUUGAAGCGGCAGCACUUGUAAUGGCGAACCACCAUGCCGCCACUAUUCUCCUCCUGAUCGCAUCCCUUUUCGUGGCGGUCACCAUCUCCAGGGCCAACGCGAGGCCCACAAUGCGUCCCAGCAAGAUGGCGGCGCUCCGCCACGACGCAUAUGGACAAGGUUACGUGGCGGAUGCUACGGAGCUAAAGCCAGAGCCGGAGCCGAAACCGACCUGCGACAACUGUGAGCAGCCAAAACCAGAGCCAGAACCAGAGCCGGAGCCAGAGCCGGAGCCAGAGCCAGAGCCAGAGCCGGAACCGAAGCCAAAGCCGGAGCCGGAACCGGAGCCAAAGUCAGAGCUUACUUGUAACAAGGUGCAUGGGGUGCAGACAGGCGAGACAUGCUGUUCCGUGGGGGAGGGCGCGGGGCUGACCCAGGACGAGUUCCUCAGCUUCAACCCCAACCUCUGCUGCGAGAAGCUCUUCGUCGGACAGUGGGUCUGCCUUGAAGCCACAUCCGGUUGUCAUGACUGACUUUAAAUUGGGCUGCCUCCCUGGACCUAGGGUCCCAGACGAUACCGAGUCGUGAUUUGGCUUGAAAAAGGAAGUGUGUCCUAGGAUGGUUUCGUUCUGUGUUAUGUUCC